AGAAUAAUGUUUCUGUCUCUUCCUACGUUGACUGUCCUUAUUCCACUGGUCUCUUUAGCAGGACUGUUCUACUCAGCCUCUGUGGAAGAAAACUUCCCACAGGACUGCACUAGCACAGCAAGCCUGUGCUUUUACAGUCUGCUCCUGCCCAUUACCAUACCAGUUUAUGUGUUCUUCCACCUUUGGACUUGGAUGGGUAUUAAACUCUUCAGGCAUAAUUAAUACAACCAGAGCUAAGGUAGUAGAUAUAUUAAUGAUAGGUCUUGAGUGUGUAUUUCUAAAACUUAACUACAUGGAAAUACUGGAAACCCACUUAAUUUGUAGGAAAGGUGCUUUGACUUGCUUCUCUCAGGUUUAGGACUAUGGGAGGCUUAAGCUGCAGAAGUUUCUUUUAUUGUACUUUUGUUCUGCCCUUGUUUUUUUGAAAAUUUUUAUUUAUAACUAUUGUAUCAGAAGAAACAUUUCAACAGUUUCUUGUUGGAAAUUAACAGUCCCAACCAUCACCUGAUGACUUUAUUUCUUACCCCAUUCAUCUAAAAGUUAAUUAAAAUUUUAUGUUUAUUUUAGAUUUAAAGUAUUUGGUAGAGUCACGUGUUAAAGAUGACUGAAAUAAUUCCAAAGCAGCUAUGCUGAAGUUGUUGUAGAGAAACACAUUUGAGCUCAUGUGACAGAAAACUACAAUAAAAUGGAAAUUUCAUGUACUUGCAAACA